AUGACGGGUCAAUGACAUCGAGAACUAGCCAAGGCGGUGGAAAUGUUUGCGACUUUAUAUGACGUGAUUGUUGUGAUAACCUACACGAAACCUCCAUUUUAAAUUUUGUAUUGGCGAUAUUCUUCAUUUAAUUUCUUACAAAAAGCAGUUUGACAACAUUGAAGAGACACUGAAUGUGAAAUUAUCAGCAUUUCCUAACAGAAUGCAGCAAUGGAUCGUCAAAAGACGACCGGCCAUUCUUAUCGACGUUGUCAGCCAGUUUUUGCGGUCGUUCUGAUGAACAAGGAUGACGACCAAGCGAAGAAUAGAACAGACAAGUGAAUUCCGUACCAGCUCCCGUAACAACCGGCAGUUGAAGUGACAAACAAGUUGGACGUCAGUGAAACACUGGAUUUACAUGUCUUCAAGACUUGAAAAGGGCCGGCCAUUAUGGAUGUCAUUUGUUUCAUUUGCUUACCCACUCCUUCGCGUUUAGUCUUUCUACUUGGAUAUAGACCAAAUUCCGCCAAAGGGUAUCGGGUCAAGAAGGAGUGGUGCUGGCACUUUGGUCGGUGCAUUCAUUAAUUUAAUCAGAAAAUAUCGAAGCUGUAGAGAGAUGGGUAAGUUGUCUUCUAAAAAUUUAGUUUUCUCUGACCGUAGCCAUUUAACGGGGGAAAGGACACGACCUCCACCGAAUACUUUCAUGUUUUUUCAGCAAUCUAAUAAAAUUCGACAAGGGAACAAUGUUGAACUAAUUAAACUGGGGAAGCCUUUAAUUACUCCGAAGAAUAAUCCCCCAUAAAAUGGUGUGAUGGCCGUGUUGAAUGGCUGUUACGCGUCACCAUUCAGGUAUAAAAAGCGGCGAAAAUCGGUGGAAAUUCAGCAGACUUGCCUUCCUCAUCUCCACUGCAGCAACCAAGCAGUUCCUUCUCCACGAAAAAACAUGAAAUUCUCGGCUUCAGCAGCUAUUUUCCUGGCCCUUUGUUUGGUCUACGUUCAUGCGGAUGAACGCCACACUCCGUCCUAUGGAGGAAAUCGACCACCUUCAUACAGGCCACCUUCUCACCACCUAAAGCCCCAUCCUCCCAAGCCCCUUCAUCCUUUGCCCUACCACCCCAAGCCCCAACAUCCUUUGCCUUACCACCCCAAGCCCCAACAUCCUUUGCCUUACCACCCCAAGCCCCAACAUCCUUUGCCUUACCGCCCCAAGCCCCAACGCCCAACGCAUUACAAGCCCAAGCCUCAACAUCCCAAACCCCACCGCCCCUCGGUUCAUCGACCAAAGCCUCAACGCCCCAAUCGUCCCUGGGUGAUGAAACCCCAAUCAGACAACACCAACAUCAACAUUAACCGCAACAAGAACAGCAAUGAGGGCAUCAUUUUAGCCGAGCUUUUCUCUCAGCUAAUCGCCAACGAAGAGGAUCCAUGUCUAUUCGGCUUGGGAUGUUUCGAAAAAAAACUGAAAACUAAAGAUAUCGUUGUUGAAGCAAAGGCCAACAGUACCCAAGAAGAAGAGGCUGCUACCACCAGCGACGCUGCGGAUGCUACCACCAAUGACACCGAAGAUGCUACCAUUAGUGACGCCGAGGAAGCUACAACCGACGACUCCGAGGCUAGCCUGGAUCAGACUGAGCAGACCGAAGAAGAGGAUGCCGCUGUUGUUGUGGAAUCACGCCAGGAAGGCCAAGUCGAAGAAGACGAUGGCAUGGCGAUGUUUUAGGUUUCCCAAAUUCUAUGUUCCAAGCCGUGCACACCACCGUUCAACGAUGACGACACAAAACCAAACCACUGAAUACUGAACCCCGUUAAACUGAGUUGCUGCUGGCUAGUGCCCAUCAAAAAUAGCUUCUAUAUUGUUAAUGGAAUUGCAACUUUUUUAGUUUACAUUCUCUCAAAAUUUCCUCGUGUUUGUAACUGAUUUUUAAUAUCGAUUCCACAAUUUCUUGUUAUGGACAAGAUGUUAAUGCAGGCGCUUCACUGACGGAAAAUACAUUUCAAUUAUAAAAUCAA